AUGCAGGGAACAAGGGCAACCCGGCUUAUUCUGUUGGCAGGUAUGUUAAUCGACUCAAAUCAGAAACACAAUCAACACGAAUAUAUUACGUGAACUCUAUUCAGGUGUAACAAACCUUGUUCUAUCGCGUGGUUUAGGUGUUUACAAACAGCAUUUACAGGAUGUUUAACCUUCCAAUUAUACAAAAGAUCUUGAAUGAAAAUGUCCAACCGAGCCUUUAACCCUUUUUUUAUUUAGCAGCAGCGAAAAUGUUACUUGAUUUUGUAGAAAUAUAAAUAUGCCUCACAUAUAUCUGGCACUUAAAACGAAGGAAUUAUGACUGUGAAUCGAGUAACCCUGCUUUCCCUUGGCAACGAAGAGUUUUCAAACUUCUUCAUUAUUUGCGCUAUCUUCAACAGAAAGAAAUAUUCUGUUCAAGCAUUUUGUGCAUGCUAACGUGUAGAAGCCUUGACGAUUUGAACGGUUUGUGACUCCAAGUUACACCGUGCGUGCACAAAGAGCUAUUAGAAAGUAAUUAAUGUGGGGUAAUUGUUGAACACAGGACAAUGUACGAAAAUAAUUAAGUUUACGGCUAUGUCAUUAUCUUUCUUGCGGAAACCCGUUUCAAAAUGUGUACGGAGGAAUCGAAGGUAAAAGGGUGAUGUAAGGCAAUCAGUUCCUUUUACGCUUACUCUGCUUAAAUUUUGUGCGAGUUUGUGAGUCUCUGUCGCCACUUUGUUUUUCUUGCAAUCUUCCUUACAUAUUUAUCAGACUAAUUAGAUUGACAGACUGUUAUUACAUGCUAUUUUUUCGCUUGGAAGAUAAACAUAACCCGGAAACUGAUCUUCUGACUGCCAAAACCCUCCGUCGUGACGUAAUAAAUAGAGAAAGAGCAAGAAAUCAGUCUUUGAUUGACCAAUAGAACGUAACGGCGAAUAACCGCUGAAAUAUACGUAAACCAUAUGUAUUGUUGUCGAGUAGUAACCUUUAUGAGAUGAUGUCAGCCUGAUGAAAUCUGAAUAAUGUACCUUACUAUGAGCCCAGUAAUGGGCUCCUGACCUUACACAUUAUUAACCGGCUGGAUGUUUUGAUAGGAGUGCUCUCCGUGAAGACGUGGGCAAAAGACGCAGGUGACGCAAUAACACAUGCUUCUACAUGUAAGAACUGUUAAAAUCCUUUUUUUGUCGGUAAUGAAUUUUGUAACAAAAUUAGAAACAGUCAUCCAAGGCAACCAGCACAUAAUUAUGCACAAAAUUGAAUUAUCGCCUGUAGUCAUUGUUAUGCGUGAUGAAAAAUCACCACCAUAAAAGACACAUUGUUAUAAUUUUGUUAAGGUAGAUGAGCGAUUUGUACCGAUUAAUAAAACUGAGAAAACAGAGCAUUUUUUUAACAUUGUACUCGAGAAACAAAGCAAACAAAAUUAAAUAAAGAGGUUAAUUUGAGGUAUCUCAAGAAACGUAACCCGACAAGGGCUACGUUUCCUGAAAGCCUGAACUUCUAUAAUCAACAGAACUUCUUUCUUCCUGAAAGCCUGAACUUCUAUAAUCAACAUGAGGAGUCAUAAUCCCCUGUCCAAUCCAGGGCAGGGCAAUGAAUGUAAGCUCCUUUUUUUAAUUUUAAGACAAUGUAGCAAGAUCAGGAAAUGGGAGCGACAAAAUAUUGUUCGGAGAAAAAACAAAAAAACAAAAAAACCCAAUGACUGAACACUUUAAUGAUCGCGUUAUCGUGUUUAUUGUAGUGCGUUUGGUCCAAGGAUGGACUGCAAGAGAUGGCCGAGUUGAAGUACGUCGUUCCGGCGCCUGGGGUUCAGUGUGUGGCGAACAGUGGGACUUGGUGGAUGCUAAUGUUCUUUGCCGACUGUUGGGCUACAAUGGAGCCCUAGCAUAUUACCAAAAUAUCACUUUCAAGCAGAGCAAUAAUACAUUGUGGCUAACUGACGUACAAUGCGUUGGAAAUGAGAGUUCUCUUUUUCAUUGUGUUAACUCUGGCUGGGGAAAACGCACUUGCAAUGAAGGUCUUGCUGCUGGAGCAACGUGUUCUGAUAGAAGCUGGGGUGAGUUUUGUUGCUGUAUUUUUUUAUUUUUAGGUCAAAUAAUUAUUUUAUGUCAUAAGGGAGGUCUCCAUUUUCUUGACCACGUCACGCUUUUUCUGAUUGGCUGAGCGUCGAGUAUUUAGAACUACUUGAUUGCAGCUGAUCUUAAAGUGUUCAACAAGUUUGACCCAACACCUGAAAGUAUUGAUGCUGUAAUAUACAAUUCUAAUCAGCAUCUUGAUUUUUUUUCCUUUUUGUCAUAAAUCAAGGAAUGUGGAAAACAAUUUGCGCAGUUAUCAUAAUUGAUUACAGUGAAGUGUCGAAAGGUGCCGAAAAUGUAACCUACACAAACAGACUCUCGUCUGUUCUCAUGUAUUCUUGUCACUAAACUACAACAGCGAAUUUGUAUCUUGCAGGCAUCUCGUUGGCAAUACCACAGUAUGUUUCAAGCACACUGGACUCUCUUACAAUAAAGUGCAGCAUACCUGACGUGACAGAUAUAACGUACACAAUACAAAUAUGGUCGAACACAACUGACAAAUGGUAUGAUACUAAAUGCCGCCGACGAAGCAAUGUAGUUGGAUCGUGCGUUGUCAAGGUACCCAAGGCCAUAAUAACUCUUACUGGUCUGAGCCCCGGGCACAUAUACUACCUACGACUUGUUUCUCCUUAUCUGGUGUAUAGUCAGGUAUCGGAGUCAAUGGCUACGAAGGAAUUAGGUAAGGUUUCGUUUGACUUUCAGUUGAGAAAGGGUGGGGAAAAAACCCUCCAAGUAGUCCUAUUCCAUUCAAUACAACCUCAACUCUUCGUAAUUUGGUACUCACACAUAUCGAAAAAUACUCAACAUCAGUAACUAAUGGUCAAAUCUCGCAAUCUCCCGCCUCCCAAAUCGAAUCAGAUUUGAUUACAGGUGGACACUUUAUGUCAUCAUUAUUUGCACUUCGAGUAUGUGUAUCAUGGAUUUAAUUUUUCCCUUCUUGAGGUGAUCCGAGUGUACCACGAUUUGUCUCAAGCUCCGAUAGAUCUAUCACAUUAGUUUGGAAGCCAACUCCCACUGAGUUCACAAACUACUCAGUGGAAGCAAAAUGCUGCGGAGAAACUACAUGGAAAGCGGUGGAAUGUGUGGAAAAAUUAACUGAUACAGGAUGUACUGUUAGUAAUAACACAGCAACUGUUAUUGCUCUCAAGAAAGAUCAGGAUUAUCGUUUCAGGGUGUUGGCGCUAUACAAGAGUUGGAAAAGCACACCGAGUGCAUCAAGUGAAGCAAUGAGGAUAAAAUCAAACGGUAAUAUACUUUUCUUAUUAUAUCAAGAGGGCUAAGACUCGACAACAACUUAAUUGUAACCUAACUCGCUGAUUGAACAACUAUAUUAAGCCAAUGUUUAUAAGAAAUUGAUUCCCCAUGCCUCGUGCGGGAAAUUGGAUUAUUUAAAAGCCCGAAACAGCUUGUCUCAUCACUGAAUUGGUGUGUUCUUGACCAGUGAUGUUUCAUCCUAAAGCAGUUAACAACUGAGGAAGCUAAUAAAAAGUAUAAAUGGUUAGAGACGUCAUAAACUCUGCUGUCAUGCACCACCGUAGUUAGAACAGAAAGGCAGGAACAUACUCUGAGGUCGACACCGAAUGCAUACGACGUGGGAGGGUGUGGUCCCCUGCUCAGUUUUAGAGUGAGUAACACUAUUCAAAUUUAGACAUAUAAUUUUUAUUGCAAAAGAUACUUAAAAUUCCUAUCAUUUACUUUUUUUUUCUGAUAACAAAGAAUACAAAAAUACUCCUGCCCUUUUCUUACAAGGCCCUGAAUUGACAUUCUCAAUGAAACAAGCAAGCCGGCGAACAGUGUAUUUGUAUGAAAGUGUCACAUCCCAACGAACAAUAAAAUUUUCUCAAUUAAUUUCCGUUUUAGUACUUCUUCUUUUACAUUAUUUAGCCUCAACGUAAUUGUUUUACGUUUUGUUGCUUAGAUGAUCCGCACAGAAUUUGGAUUGGUUCCAUGAAACAAGAAUGUGUAGCUUCGAAAAUAGGUGAUAAAAUAACUUUGUUUUGUCACGCUUCCGUUGACGAACCGACCAAUUACAAAUGGACAAAGGGGCAAUCUAUUCUUAAUAGCAGUGGAGAUGGAGUUCUAAAUGUGACGGUUUCUUCACUUGCUGACUUUGGAAUAUAUACGUGUCAAGUAACCACAUCAGACGAUGUAAAGCAGUACAAUAUCACUAUCUGUCAGAUACGGGUACUGAAAGAGACAGCUACUAAAGGUAACUGAUCCUAGUUUCCCAAAAUAUACUGAGGUUCACAUCAAUAAGAGUAUAAACUCAGAUGUAACGAAGUGCGGAGAAGUAAUACCAUGACCUUAUCGCUUGGCAAAGACUAACAGUAUAACAGUCAGAUUGUCGCCAUCAACAAUUGAUGGCCUGACCUACUAUUGAUAGUACACUUUCCGUUGGGGUUAAAAAUCAUAGCCCUGAUGAAGAAACAGAUGACAAUUUGUUUCCUUCUAAAUAAAGAUGAAACCCUAAGGAUCAAGGAAAUUUGACUUUCCUCAAACUGAAAGCUUGUCGUGAUUAGUUGGUUUCAUGGGCCCUAAUGUAGAAAACUUCAAAGUUUUCGUUUCUUCCUAUAGAGAAGUGUAAAAACUUCCCACUGACCUCCUUAACGAUUGUGAUAAUGCCUUGAUCAUUGCACUUUUUCUUUUGGUUAAAACUCCCCUCACGACAAGAAGUGUGGGCGUUUUCAGCUAUUCUUUAAGUUUCCAAAUUAAGACAAGAUUAGAUCGACCAAACAUUCUCUCAGGAAGAGACUUCUUAACUUCACGCCCAGUUAAACUAAUCUCAAUACCUUGCGCUCAAGUUUUUCUUUAACACCAUCGUUUUUUUCCCUUGCAGAUACUAAAAACAGAACAGUUAUAGCUAUAAUCACCACUUGUUUUAUCUGCUUCGGAAUAUUUAUAAUUGUUCUAAUACUCUUAAAAAUGGCGCAGAUAUAUCGACGAAGGAAAAAACAGUUGAAGGAAACAAACCGCGAGGAGAUGGCCAUGCUGAAUUACAGACAAAAAUCAGUCAGAAAUAACAACGAAGCUGACGAGCUCGACUUUAAUAGCUGAGCUCCUACAAGUUACUAAUGUAAAUACGUUAACCACAGUUGAUGGAAUGACCGCCGUUUCUGCAAAUUUUCGCGCUGCUGAAAAGUAGAUGGUGUUAAUCGUACAUUUUACACUCUAUAGAUAUUAUCUCGUCUGCACUUUGAGGUUAUUGAAGGAGCCAAUGAUACUAAAGCUUGUGCUAAGUGCAAACGAGCGAAAAGGCGGGCGCGCGAAAAAACGGCGGGUAUCAGACAAAGUAAAAACUGCAUCCCGCAUGCGCUGUUUGUCGCUUGUCCUCUCUUUCGUUCGGCCGCUAACAGGUUGGCGGAACUAAGAAAAUUUUGUCGGCUGCCAGUUUUCUUCCUUCAACUGGCUAGCGAAAAUGGUUUUGGUAAAAUUAAGUACUGUGUACGUCCAUAUUUAACCUCGUUUCAUGAAUAGAACUGGUAUUUCUUUUGUUCUCUGUCAGAUACGUUAUUCACCACAGUGUUCUUAAACACACAUAGGCUUAAAAGUUAUCAGUAGCGUACAUGUGGUUCUUUUGCCCCAUAUGAUCAGAUCAAACCAGCCCCUAUUAAAAAUAACAGUUGCCUAAAUUUUACUUCUUAGAACAGAGAAUGCGCUUUAGUAUAAUGCUUUAUACCAUUGGGAAACAAAGAUAGCAACUAACUGAUGACUACAUUGAUUUUACCUCGGAGAGGCAACGCUCCACCAACGAGAGAUUAAAAAUUGUCUUUAAAUAGCUUUGAUGGUGGUUUCUAAGUACAGUUUUAUAAGUUAUCGGUGUCCUCGCGGUUUAUUUUAUUUAUUCAUUUAUUUAUUUAUUUAUUUAUUUAUGUCUCUUUGUUUGUGGUCCGUGACAUGGAUUACAUUUUUCGUCCCAGAAAUUAAGGAAAUAAUUGGGUUUUGAUAAAGUCUGUAUUUAUGUUUCUUAUCCCCCUUCUGCUUUCGCAAUAGCAUCAUCAAACCCUUCAAGAGUACGUGCAUGUGUUCAUAUAUACAAGUAAGUCGUGUCAAAGAUGACAUUUCCACAGUUUCAAAGAAGCAAAAAGAAUAAAAUCAAGGUGUGAGCUAUAUGUGGUCGUUUGUGCGUGAAGAAAUAUUUUAAGUGCC